CAAUAACACCGACACAAAAAAGAUGCACAUUAUACAAUAUACGUAUGCGUUUUGAUGCAUUUAAUCCGAAUUUGAGGCCCACAUGUUCCAUCUACUCGUUUUCUUCGUUUGAGAUUUUUCAGAACUGAUUAAUGGGACAAAAUGUUCGAAAUCCGAUCUACAUUCACAAGGGAUAGGAAUGUUGAAAUUAAAAUUCGCAAGCAAAAGAAUUACUUCAAAGGCAGACACCGUAUCAUCAUGAUAUAAAAGCCCAAGCAGCUAGCCUACCAUCAACAGUCGUUAAUUCACCUUCACAAAGAUGAAACUACAAGGUCUUGCGUUACUGCUACUAGCAGGUCUGGUUUUGGCAGAGAAGAAGGAAGAAUCUAAAACCGUCGAAGCUUCUGACAAGAAACAAAACAAAAGAGGUCUCUUCGACUUGGGUUACGGUGGUGGACAUGGAUUCGAUCUUGGUGGAAGUCAUGGUAUUGAAUUAGGAGGUCAUGGCUUGGACUUCGGCAGCAGCUAUGGAGGUGGUUAUGGAGGUGGCUAUGGAGGUGGCUAUGGAGGCGGCUAUGGAGAAUCCAAACAUAUUACCAUCACCAAGGAAGUACCAUAUCCUGUUCCCCAUCCUGUACCUUACCCAGUGGAGAAACAAGUACAUGUACCAUACCCCGUUAAAGUCCAUGUUCCAGUAGAUCGUCCAUACCCAGUACAUGUCCCAAAACCAUACCCAGUACCAGUCGAGAAACCAGUACCAUACCCAGUAGAGAAACCAGUACCAUACCCAGUUAAAGUACCAGUCAAGGUCCCAGUCAACGUACCAUACCCUGUAGCUGUGCCAAAGCCAUACCCAGUACCAGUACACAAACCAUACCCAGUGCCCGUUAAAGUUCCUUACAUCGUCGAGAAAAAAGUACCAGUCCUGAUCCAUGGUCAUGGAGGGUACGAUAGUAUCGACUCAGGUAGUUACGGCCAUGGUGGUUUCGACUUUGGAAGUUAUCAUCAUUGAAUAACGACUGAUUGAAAUAUUGUGCCUGUUAAACUUUUCUAUCUUAAGUGUUAUGUGUUUUUCUCUCCCUCGUUUUAUAUAUUCUUUAAUUAUGUUUCUCAAAAAUAAAAUUCUAUAUUUCUA